CGGAGUGCGAUAGUGCUGGAAAUCCAAACAUUGCGUGUGGUUAGCCAAGGUAACACAUUCAACAACAACAGCGGCGCGGGUAGCAGCAGUGAUGGGCAAAGGAAGGGGCACAUUUGAAAGGCUUCUCGAUAAAGCCACUAGUCAACUGCUGUUGGAGACAGACUGGGAGUCGAUCCUGCAGAUCUGUGAUCUCAUCCGGCAAGGGGAUGCCCAGGCAAAGUAUGCCAUCGGUGCCAUCAAGAAGAAGCUCAAUGAUAAGAACCCCCAUGUGGCUCUGUACGCCCUGGAGGUGCUGGAGUCAGUGGUGAAGAAUUGUGGACAGACAGUGCAUGAUGAGGUGGCCAACAAGCAGACCAUGGAGGAGCUCAAGGACCUUCUCAAGAAACAGACGGAGCCCAACGUCAAGAACAAGAUCCUUUACCUGAUCCAGGCCUGGGCGCACGCCUUCCGUAACGAGCCCAAGUACAAGGUGGUCCAGGAUACCUACCAGAUCAUGAAGGUGGAGGGUCAUGUGUUCCCGGAGUUCAAGGAGAGUGAUGCCAUGUUUGCUGCAGAAAGGGCACCUGACUGGGUUGACGCAGAGGAAUGUCAUCGGUGCCGGGUUCAGUUCGGAGUCGUGACCAGAAAGCAUCACUGUCGCGCCUGUGGGCAGAUCUUCUGUGGGAAGUGCUCCUCCAAGUACUCCACUAUCCCCAAGUUUGGCAUUGAGCGGGAGGUGCGCGUGUGUGAGCCCUGCUUCGAGCUCCUCAACAAAAAGGCAGAAGGUAAAGCAGCUUCUGGGGGUCCAAGUGAACUCCCUCCUGAGUACCUGACCAGCCCGCUGUCCCAGCAGUCUCAGAUGCCCCCCAAGCGGGAUGAGGCAGCACUGCAAGAGGAAGAGGAGCUCCAGCUAGCUAUUGCCUUGUCACAGAGUGAGGCUGAAGAAAAGGAGAGGAUGAGACAGAAGACCUCAUAUGGGGCAUACCCCAAGGCAGAACCCACCCCAGUGAGUUCAGCACCCCCAGCCAGCACCCUCUACUCCUCUUCAGUGACCUCUUCUGCCCCAUCAGCUGAGGAUGUAGAUCCAGAGUUGGCACGAUACCUGAACAGGACUUACUGGGAGAAGAAGCAAGAGGAGGUUUGCAAAAGCCCAACCCCCUCUGCUCCUGCCCCAGUGUCAGUGGCUGAGCCCUUGCCAAUCAGCCAGCCUGUUGAAAGUCACCUUCCAGUGCAACCAGUCAGCAUUGUGGAGCAGCAGUACCAGAAUGGCGAGUCAGAGGAGAACCACGAGCAGUUCUUGAAGGCUCUGCAGAAUGCUGUCACCACCUUCCUGAACCGUAUGAAGAGUAACCACAUGCGUGGCCGCAGCAUCACCAACGACAGCGCUGUACUCUCGCUUUUCCAGUCUAUCAAUAGCAUGCACCCGCAGCUCCUAGAGCUGCUCAACCAGCUAGACGAGAAAAGACUAUACUACGAGGGCCUUCAGGACAAGCUGGCCCAGGUGCGAGAUGCACGGGCAGCCCUGAACGCUCUCCGGGAUGAACACCGUGAGAAACUGAGGCAGGCCGCGGAGGAGGCUGAGCGCCAGCGCCAGAUUCAGCUGGCUCACAAACUGGAGAUCAUGAGGCAGAAGAAGCAGGAGUACCUGGAGAUGCAGAGGCAGCUGGCCAUCCAGCGGCUGCAGGAACAAGAGAAGGAGCGGCAGCUGCGGCUGGAGCAACAGAAACACACCAUCCAGAUGCGUGCCCAGAUGCCUGCAUUCCCUCUGCCCUAUGCACAGAUGCAGUCACUCCCCCCAAACAUGCCUGGAGGGGUUGUCUACCAGGCAACAGGGCCACCCAGUUACCCUGCGACCUUCAGCCCCUCCGGCUCAGUGGAGGGGUCACCCAUGCACACAGUUUACAUGAACCAGCCAGGUCAGGCUGGGGGUAGUACCCCCUACCAGGCCAUGCCUGUCUCUGCCACAGAUCCCAAUAUGGUAAAUGCCUACAUGUACCAGACAGCAGCCUCUGCUGGUCAAGCUGCACCCCCAGCCCAGGCCCCACCCACUAGCAACCCCACCUACUCCACUUACCAGCCCACUCCCACACAAGGCUAUCAGAAUGUGGCAUCUCAGGCACAGGGCAUGGCCCCAAUGUCUCAGGCCGUGCCCACCAAUGGAAUGGGCUACAUGGGCUACCAGCCGUACAGCAUGCAGAGCAUGAUGUCAGCACUGCCCGCUCAAGACCCCGCAAUACCUCCUCAACAACCUUACCUUCCUGGACAGCAGUCCCUGUAUCAGCAGAUGAUGCCACCUGGUGGUCCUCAGCAUCAGCCACAGCCUCCUCAACCCCAGCAGCCCCAGGCACCUACAGGCAGUGCAGAGGCCCAGCUCAUCUCCUUUGACUGACCAGUCACAUGUCCACUGUGUUUCUUGCUUACCGGGUCCUAAACACACUACACCAAGAAACUACCUGCAUUUGCCCCCCAGCUAAAAAUGAAAUGGCUUCACAGAAAUAUCACAAUGAUAUGUCAGUCCUGUCCUUCCUUGCUUCAUGAUGCAGACUCAAGACACUGGGAGAAAGGUUAAUAGGGGUGACUUCUAUCUCUCCAGUGGUUACUAAAAAAAAAAAAAAAAA